AUGGGAAAUUGCCAAGCCAUUGAUAAUGCUUCUCUAGUAAUUCAACACCCAAAUGGAAGAGUGGACAAACUCUAUUGCCCAGUUUCUGCUAAAGAAAUCAUGAAAAUGAACCCUGGUCAUUAUGUUGCUCUUCUCCUCACCACCACUUUAUACUCCUCCUCGGCCACCACCGCCGCCGCCUCCACCACCGCCGCCGCCUCCGCAAAGAACAGAAGUUCAGCAGACAAUAACAACUUCCCGGUUCGGAUUACGCGUAUAAAACUUCUUAGGCCAACAGACAACCUUGCUCUUGGCCAUGUUUAUAGACUUGUCACUACGCAAGAGGUGAUGAAAGGAUUGUUGGCUAAAAAGCAUGAAAAAAUGAAGAAGCAACAGCCAGAACUAGAUGAGAGGAUUAUAGAGAGAGAGACUUCAGAUUUUGGUGCAGCAAAUAGGAAAUCUGAUAUGGAGAAAAUCAAGCAGGUGAAGCAGGAAAGACAUAGGUCAAGACAUAACACAGCAACAAAUUCUGGUGCUGCUGCAAAAUCCAGAAUUUGGCAACCUGCAUUACAGAGCAUUUCGGAGGCUGGAAGCUGA